GGGAAAGCCCAGCGUGGAUGCACCAUUGCUGUGGCAAGGUGGGCAGUGGCACCGGGAAAGGAGCUGUGGUGGGGAUGGAGCUGCAGCUCGGGAUCCUGCCGUGCCCUCAGCACCGCGGAUGGGACAUCCCCAGAGAGGUCUGCAGGGCCCCCCCCCCGCUCCAGGGCAGCCCAGGCCAUGGGAUCACAACCGGGAGCUGUAUGGGGUUCCUUGGGACAUGUCCUGCGGUUUGGGGAGAGCGGGGCGGGAUGAGGAGCAGGGAUGGGCCGGCGGCCCCCGGCAGAUCCCCGAGGCUGGGGGCGGCGGUGGCAUCCCUGCAAUGCGCUUGGCAUCGGCUGCCCCGGCUGGCGCUCGCCGAGUCCAUGUGAUCCGGGGCUUGCUCUGUGCCGCCGCCGGGUCCAGCCGCCGGGACGGCGAGGGAGCCAGAAGGUCGAGCCAGCGGCCCCGACAGGGCAGCCCCAGCCCCGAACAGGGUUCCCCGGCAUCGGCUGAAGCCCCCGGGCUCCUCCCUGCCACCAUGCCCCGCGGGAAGAGGGACCCGGUCCUGCUGUCCCCCGCCGAGCUGCCCGGCCCCGAGGGCGAGGGUCCCCGCGCGGCUGCGGACGGCCGGCGCUCCGCGGAGGAGGAAGAGGAGGAGGACGGACACCUCCCGGGGCUGCCCCGCGACGACCUCACCAAGAGCAUGUCGAGCUCCUCCGUGUCCUCCUACCACUCCGCCCUGUGCUCGGACGGCACGGAGACCUUCAAGGACUGCCUGGAGUUCCUGGACGAGGAGGGAUCGCCCGGCCGGGCUGCCCCGGGCCGCUGGGCUCCGGCGGGGUCCCCCGGCGUGCCCCCGCCGCCCGGCCCCCUCGCCCGCCCGCAGCGGGCUCAGCUGUCCAGCGCGGCUAAGAAUAGCCCAGCGCCGGGCCAGGGGGGCAGGAUGGGUCCCCUCGGUGGGGACCGGGAGCCUGUGCCGGCCGCGGCCGCCGGCGGGGAGCCGGCCGUGCCCCGGCAGCCCGGGACGAUGCUCGCCGGGGCUCCCAGCGACUCGGACGAGGUGGACGGCGAGGUGCAGGCGCUGACGGCCAGGGCUUUCCGCAGCCUCUCGGGUCUGCCCGGAGCUCGCCUCGACAUGUGCAGCUCCCACACCUCCUCCAGCCUCUCCAACUCGCUGUCGGAGGACGGCGGGCGGCCGCGGCGGUGGCCGGCGGGCGCGGGGGAGCCCCGGGGCGCGGCGACAGCUCUGCACGGCAGGGUGGGCUGGCCUUUCCUCGCCGGCGUGGACGGGGAGCUGCUGGGCAAGGAGCAUUUCGAGUGCGUGGACGUGGAGCUGGAGAGCGGUGAGGCCAGGAAGGGCCACGGCAAGAAGAGGACGGUGCCCAAGCGCCAGAUCCUGCUGAAGAGGAAGGAGAGGAAGGAGACGGGCUUUGGCCCCCGGGGGGAUGGCCCAGCGCCCCAGCCCCCUGCCAGGAAGGAGCCCCCCAGCAAGGGCAGAGCCGUCGGCGAGGACUUCAGGCUCAACUACCAGCAGUUCAUGAAGGCGGCGUCCCUGGAGGCCGGCCCCGACAGGACCAGGGCGGCCUCGUGCCUGGUGAAAAACGUCCUGGCCAAGAAGAUGCAGUACGAGCAGCGCAUCAAGAUGGAGCAGAAGGGGCUGCGGGGCAGCUCGACCUCCUCGGGACCGUCCUCCGCCGGCACCGACCUGCUGGGGGAUGGUCUGGAGGGCAAGUCCAGCUCGCUGUCCCGCUCAGACUGCAGCUUCUCGGCCGAGGACCUGCGGGGCGGCGGGAUGCCGGUGGCCACGGCGGUCGCGGAGAGCUCCGCCACCACCACCCAUCCCACCAAGGGCGUGGUGCUCAGCGAGGCGACGAGGGAGACUGUCUGCAACCUGAGGAAGACGUUCAACGAGCUCAACCAGAGGAUGAAGUACCAGGAGGUGCUGGAGGGCCGCUGGCUGCCCGCGGCCGCGGAGAAGCACACGUCGGAGAGGAUCUGCUACCAGCGAGCCCGCGCCUUGUUCGAGGCCCAGCCCGGCGUGGGGAAGGUGCUGGAUGUUGCUCCCCGGUUUGCGAGGGCGCCGAGGCCGUGGCCCAGCUUGAAGGAGCGAGCCAUCGGCCCCAUCCAUUCCCAAAGCCUCCCCUUCAAGGCUGAGAGCCGGGCGCUCCCCGCCACCCCGCCGCGCCGCCCCUUCGCCUCCUCCCGGGCGCAGGAGGCGAGGACGCUGCCGCAGAGCCAGCCGGAGAAGCCACCAGCAGUGCCCCGCCGGCCGGCCAGCCCCGGCACCAUCCCGGCACCCCGGGGGUCCCCGCCGGCCGCGCCCCCCAAGCCAGAGGAGAAGGGGAAGGGGCGCGUCCCGCAGCCCCGGGACGUGCGCAAGCUGGUGAAGAGCAGCUACAGCCUCAAGUUCGGGACUGCCGGCGCCUCCCGCGGCACCGUGGCACCGGCGAGCAGCGGGGAGCCGCCACCAGCCACCCCUCUGGUCAUCCACUGCACCUCGGUCCGCCGGGAGCCGCCGCCGGAGCCGGCGGGCGAGGAGGUGCUGGCAGCCCCCGGCCGAGAGCCAGCCCCGGCGUGUGUCGAGGGGCCCGCAAAGACCCCGCACAGCUCCCCGAUCAACAUCACGAGGGUCCAGGCCACGCGGAGGGGAGCGGCCCCCACGGAGGAGCCGCCGGCCUCGCCCCCGCGCCGGGAGCGGAGCGAGCUCAGGCUGCCCCCACGGGCCCCGGCGGCCGAGCGGGUGCCACACGUGGAGACCCAUCUGCACGUCCUGGUGGGCCGGCCGGCCCCGGCGGCCCGGGAGAGCUCCCCGGCUCAGAGCAGCGCUGUGCUGCGGGCAGAGAAGACCGUUCUCCUGCCGCCGAGUCCCGCGGAGGGAGAGGAGGUGCGCGGCCGUGGCAGCAGCAGGGCGCUCCCCGCUGCCGAGGGGCCGGAGUCGCCGGGGCAGCGGCCCCGCAGCGGCGACAGCCGGGACCCCCGAGCAGGAGCCCCGGGCGGCAGCAGCGCCCGGCCGCGGCCUGCGGAGCCGGCGGCGAGGAGCGCGGCAGAGCCCGGUGGCAGCGAGCAGAGGCAGCAGCAGCCCGGCGGCCGGCGGGUGUCGGUGGGCAGCGGGGGCUCUGCCGGUGCCACCGGCCCCGCUGCCCCGCUCCGAGCCGGGGACAGCAGCGAAGCCUCUCCUGGGCGGCUGCCGGAGCAGAGGGAGGCCUGGGAGCGCUCGCCGCAGUGGCCGGCGGCUACGGAGCCCCACCCGCCGGCUGCCCCGGCAGAGAACUCCAACUACUUGGCAAUCCCCGAGAGAGCCCCCAAAUCCACACAGAUGCCAAAGCUGUCCUCGGUCCCCAACCCAGGCAGUGCAUCCUUUGGGACCCCCUUUGUCCCCAGCCCGGCCAGCGCUUCUUUUGGGGCUCCCUCAGCCCCCAACCCAGCCAGUGCCUCUUUUGGGACCUCCAUGGUCACCAACGUGACUGGCUCAUCCUUUGGCUUCCCAUCAGUCUCCAACCUGUGCAGCACAUCCUUUGGGAACCCCUUGGUCCCCAAUCCAUCCAGUGCAUCCACUGGGAACCCCUUGGUCCCCAAUCCAUCCAGCAUGUCCUUUGGGAACCCCUUGGUCCCCAAUCCAUCCAGUGCAUCCAUUGGGAACCCCUUGGUCCCCAAUCCAUCCAGCAUGUCCUUUGGGAACCCCUUGGUCCCAAAUGUGUCCAGUGCAUCAUUUGGGAACCCCUUGGUCCCCAAUCCAUCCAGCAUGUCCUUUGGGAACCCCUUGGUCCCAAAUGUGUCCAGUGCAUCAUUUGGGAACCCCUUGGUCCCCAAUCCAUCCAGCAUGUCCUUUGGGAACCCCUUGGUCCCCAAUGCAUCCAGCAUGUCCAUUGGGAACCCCUUGGUCCCCAAUCCAUCCAGUGCAUCCAUUGGGAACCCCUUGGUCCCCAAUCCAUCCAGCAUGUCCUUUGGGAACCCCUUGGUCCCAAAUGUGUCCAGUGCAUCAUUUGGGAACCCCUUGGUCCCCAAUCCAUCCAGCAUGUCCUUUGGGAACCCCUUGGUCCCCAAUGCAUCCAGCAUGUCCUCUGGGAACACCUUGGUCCCCAGUCCAUUCAGCAUGUCCUUUGGGAACCCCUUGGUCCCAAAUGCAUCCAGUGCAUCAUUUGGGAAUCCCUUGGUCCCCAAUCCAUCCAGUGCAUCCUUUGGGAGCCCCUUGAUCCCCAAUCCAUCCAGUGCAUCAUUUGAGUCCCCACUGGUGCCCAAUCCAUCCAGUGCAUCCUUUGGGAACCCCUUGGUUCCCAACCCAGGCAGCUCAUCCUUUGGGUCCCCCUUGGUCAGCAACCCAGCCCCCACUUCCCUUGGGCAUCCAUCAGUCUCCAGUGUAGCCGGCUCUUUCUUUGGAUCCCCUUUUGUCCCCAACCCAGCCAGCGCUCCGCUGGGAACCGGUGCCUAUCCCCUUCCUGGUGGGGAAGUGCCCUGGGGCAAGCCCAGCCCUGAGCCCCCCCUUCCCCGACCCCCCGAGGGCUCGGCUGCUGUGGAGCCCCCAGCCCAGCCCCACCUGGAGGAUGCUCCUCAUUUCCUCAGGAGGACCGAUGGCUCCUCGCCGAGUGGGAGGAGCAGGCAGAGCCCCCCCAAGCCCUUCCCCACCGCCGUGCCUGCCCAGCGGAGGAUGCUCGUGGAUCCCAGCAGCGGGAAGUUCUACUACAUGGAGCCGCCGCGGCAGCCCCAGAUGAAAACGCUCUACGACCCCGAGACGGGGCAGUACCUGGAGGUGCUGGUCCCACCGGUGGCAUCACACACCGGGCUCUACCAGGCACCUUUCAACCCGCUGGUCAUGGCCCCGGGGGUCUAUGGCCCGCCCUACGCUUCCUACGGCGGCUUCCCCGGGCUCCCGGCACCGCCGCCCUCCGCCCCCUCGCCGCCGCACCCCUCGCUGCCGGCUGCCGACAACCCCGGGACCCCCGGCUCCGCUCCCAAGGGCGAGGGUUCGUCCUCUGCCGGGGGUCCCGACUGCGGCUACCUGGAGAGCCUGUACUACAUCCCCACGGGCAUGAGAGCCAGCCCCGGCCCCGAGCAGCCCCCGGCCCGAGCCAGCCCUGCCGCGCCCGAGGGCUCACUGCUCCGCAUGUGAUGGGAUGGAUCCGCGGGGAUGUCCCUUCCCUUAGCCCGGCUUAGCCCAAAGUCAUCACCACCCCUGGCACGGGAGAGCCUCCCUGCCCACGGCUGAGCUGGCAAAGCGCCGAGGGGUAGCGGGCACUGGUUGGACUUCACUGGCUUCUCAUGGAAACGGGGACAAAAAGGGUGUUUUCCGGUGUGAGCACCAGGCAGCCCUAGGGGGACAUGGAGGUGUGUGCUCUGGCCAGCAAAGGGACCACAGAGGCCCUGCUUCCCCCUCUCCUGCCAGUCCCAUCCCAAGGAUGACCCGAGCUGGUUCACCCAGGGGGUGAUCGCCUGGCCACCUCCAGCGCACCCCCCCCCCCCCCCCCCAAGCCACGGCUGCAGCACAGAUAACCCAAAAUAGUAAUAAAAAUGCUGAAACAGCUUUAAAUCUGCUUA